UACCGGUCCAAGAACUUGCGUGGGAAUAAAAAUGGCAAUUUUAGAAUUUAAAUGUAUAUUAGCUGUGAUUAUUAGAAAUUUAGAGUUUAAAUUAGUCGAAGGUUUUACUUUUGAAGUGAAAUAUUUGUUUGUAGCUAAACCUCUUCCCGGAAUUGAUCUAUUGGUUUCAAGAGUAGAUUGUUAA